ACACCCAUUUGGAAAGAGAAGAAAAAAAAACUCCCAUAAAUUCUAUAUGGCUGAUUUCACAUCAGAUUUGCAGAAUUUUAAACAAUCAUUUUCUUUCUUGGAUAUUGAUCCUACAGCCAUGGAGUCAUCACUCUGUGGUGUGCUAAACCAAGGUGUCAUAGACAAUUCAGCUGCCUUGAAUCUCCAAACCUUCUUCCCCUUCUCCAAUGAAAGCUUCUUCGGCAACCAAGGUGCUGAAAUUCCGGGAAACUGCAGAGAAAAUCCGCCUGGUUUUUUCCAAGAUACCAAUCAGGGUUUAACUGCAGCAUUCCCAGUUUCUCAGUCAGUACCCUUUGUCGCUGCUAAAAACGAAUUCCUUGGAAGCAACAAGAGAAAAUCAUUGGAUGUGUCAGAAAGUAGUUCUGGGAAUUCAUCAUCUCCACAACCUUUAGAAAGUUGGACCAAGAGAAGAAAUAAUUCUGGGAGAGGGAAAAGAGCAAAAAACAAUGAAAAGGAAGAAAAUAAACCAAAAGAUGUGGUUCAUGUCAGGGCCAGAAGAGGUGAAGCUACUGACAGCCAUAGUUUGGCAGAAAGGGUUAGAAGAGGGAAAAUCAAUGAGAGACUAAGAUGCUUGCAAGAUAUUGUCCCAGGAUGCUACAAGACCAUGGGUAUGGCAGUGAUGUUAGAUGAGAUAAUCAGUUAUGUGCAGUCCUUGCAGAACCAAGUUGAGUUUCUUUCAAUGAAGCUAACAGCAGCAAGCACUUACUAUGACUUCAAUUCAGACUCAGAUGCCAUGGAAAGAUUGCAGAGAGAAAAAGCACUGGGGGCAAAAGAUCAGUUGGAAAGUUUGACGAGAGAAGGAAAUGUCGGAGGGGUAGCUUGCUUCCACUCAUCAUCAUCAACAUGGUCCUCUUUCACUUAAUUUCUACAUACGAUGAUGGACAUGCUUUAUUUUUCACCAC